CGACAAAUGGAUAGGAUUUGAAGGAUAAGAAGUGGCUGCAGCCCCCAAACCAAACUCGUUCUUAAAUCGGAAAUUUAAGCCAUCACCGCUCAUAAUUUCUUCUCUAUAAAUACCAAUAGCUGAAGAAAGUAGUAGACAUUGAACUGAAUCAGAGAAAUUAAGAUGGAGGGGAUUCAGCACAAAACAGUGAGAGUAAAUGGCAUAAACAUGCACUUAGCAGAGAAAGGGGAAGGCCCAGUGAUACUAUUCCUUCAUGGUUUCCCUGAGCUCUGGUACUCUUGGCGUCACCAGAUCAAUGGUUUAGCCUCCCUUGGCUACCGAGCCUUGGCCCCUGACCUCCGUGGCUAUGGCGAAACCGAUGCACCACCCUCCAUCGCUAGCUACACUUGCUUCCACCUCGUGGGGGACCUCAUCGCCCUCCUUGACGCCGUUGCACCGGAUCAGAAUAAAGUGUUCGUGGUUGGUCAUGAUUGGGGUGCCAUCAUUGCUUGGUACUUGUGCUUGUUCAGACCGGACAGAGUAAAAGCUUUGUUCAAUUUGAGUGUGCCGUUUAUUCCUUAUAAUCCAAGAUUUAAACCCAUCGAGACCUGGCAAUCUUUCUUUGGGAAUGACCAUUACAUCGUCAGGUUUCAGGAGCCUGGAGUAAUGGAAGCAGAAUUUGCAGAGAUUGGUGUGGGAAGAGCUGUAUUGGAGUUACUAUCGUACCGUGUACCAAAUCCUCUUUAUUUACCAAAAGGAAAUCUGUUCGGGCAUCCAUUAGAUGAUCCAGUUGAUUUGCCCCCUUGGUUAUCACACCAAGAUGCCAACUACUAUGCCACCCAAUUUGAGAGAACAGGCAUUAGUGGUGCUCUCAACUAUUACCGUAACUUUGAUCGAAACUGGGAAAUAUCAGCCCCAUGGUCUGGAAGUCAAAUUAAGGUCCCCGUAAAGUUUGUCAUGGGUGAUCUCGAUCUUGUUUACACUAUGCCUGGUAUGAAGGAAUACAUUCACAAUGGCGCGUUCAAGAGAGAUGUACCAUUUCUGGAGGAAGCAGUUGUAAUGAAAGGAGUUACUCACUGGAUCAACCAAGAAAAGCCUGAUGACAUCAACAAACAAAUGUUUGAUUUCUUCUCCAAGUUUGGUGGAUUUGUUUUCUUCAUCUCUUCCUCUUUAGCUGGUAUUGAGAAUCCUGUUGGUGUAUAUCAUCCUCGUCCAUACAAAAUGGAUGUGGUUUCCCAAUGUCUCCCUAAGAUUUUACAUUCCAACAAGUUUUUGCUCAACUCUCAAGCCAUCUCAACACCAACCAAAUCCGAACGGCAGAUUCAAUUGCCCCCUCGAAUUCUGAAACAAUCGUCGAAAACAACACCACCAGCCAUUCCUACUCCAACUAGCAAACCCAUGUCGACCAACCCAAGUACUAGCAGCCACACAACCUCCGAUAUUUUGCGCUUAAUGGAUAGCCUUUCCCUUCCCAUACCACCUGAUAUAUAUGCUUCCCUGAUCAAAGAAUGUACCAUCACCCGCCACUCCCGGAGGGCUCUCGAGUUACAUGCACACAUCAAAAAGAGCCGUAUCAAGCUCUCCUUACCUUUGCUUAACCGCCUCCUUCUCGUGCAUGUCUCAUGCGGUCACCUGGAACUUGCCCGUCAGUUGUUCGAUCAGAUGUUUCUUAGAGACUUCAACUCUUGGGCAAUCAUGAUUGUUGCAUGUCUCCACGCUGGUGACUCUGAACAGGCUAUUGCUUAUUUCGUGCUUAUGGAACAGCGCAAUCUUAUCUUCAAAUUUCCUGCCUGGAUCAUCGUAUGUCUUCUCAAGUCAUGUGUUUUGACAAAUAAUAUGGAAUUAGGAAAGCAACUGCAUGGGCAGUUACUCAAGUUGGGUUUUAGCAAUGAUUUGUCUCUAUCUGGGUCCUUAAUCAACUUUUAUGGAAACUUCAGUUGCCUAGAUGAUGCCAACUAUGUAUUUAAUCAAUUGUCACGACGUAAUACUGUGACUUGGACAGCAAAAAUCGUUAAUAGCUGUAGGGAGGAUCAAUUCAGUAAGGUUAUUGAUGAUUUUAUUGAGAUGGGCAGACAGGGUAUUAAGAAAAAUAGCUUUACUUUUUCAAGUGUUUUAAAGGCAUGUGCUGGGAUGAAUGAUGACGGUAUGUCCGGUCGGCAGGUUCAUGCCAAUGCUAUCAAGCUUGGUUUAGAAUCAGAUGUUUUCAUACAAUGCGGAUUGAUCAACAUGUAUGGUAAAUGCAGAUUGGUGAAAGAUGCUGAAAAGGCAUUUGAGAUUGUUGGUGAUAAAAGAAAUAUAGCAUGUUGGAAUGCCAUGCUUCUGGGCUAUGUACAUAAUGAGUUCUGUAUUCAGGCCAUUAAACUUCUGUAUCGAAUGAAAGAAGCUGGAAUCAAGGUUCAAGAAUCAUUGAUCAAUGAUAUCAGAGAAAUUAAGAUGGAGGGGAUUCAGCACAAAACAGUGAGAGUAAAUGGCAUAAACAUGCACUUAGCAGAGAAAGGGGAAGGCCCAGUGAUACUAUUCCUUCAUGGUUUCCCUGAGCUCUGGUACUCUUGGCGUCACCAGAUCAAUGGUUUAGCCUCCCUUGGCUACCGAGCCUUGGCCCCUGACCUCCGUGGCUAUGGCGAAACCGAUGCACCACCCUCCAUCGCUAGCUACACUUGCUUCCACCUCGUGGGGGACCUCAUCGCCCUCCUUGACGCCGUUGCACCGGAUCAGAAUAAGGUGUUCGUGGUUGGUCAUGAUUGGGGUGCCAUCAUUGCUUGGUACUUGUGCUUGUUCAGACCGGACAGAGUGAAAGCUUUGUUCAAUUUGAGUGUGCCGUUUAUUCCUUAUAAUCCAAGAUUUAAACCCAUCGAGACCUGGCAAUCUUUCUUUGGGAAUGACCAUUACAUCGUCAGGUUUCAGGAGCCUGGAGUAAUGGAAGCAGAAUUUGCAGAGAUUGGGGGAAGAGCUGUAUUGGAGUUACUAUCGUACCGUGUACCAGAUCCUCCUUAUUUACCAAAAGGAAAUCUGUUCGGGCAUCCAUUAGAUGAUCCAGUUAAUUUGCCCCCUUGGUUAUCACACCAAGAUGCCAACUACUAUGCCACCCAAUUUGAGAAAACCGGCAUUAGUGGUGCUCUCAACUAUUACCGUAACUUUGAUCGAAACUGGGAACUAUCAGCCCCAUGGUCUGGAAGUCAAAUUAAGGUCCCCGUAAAGUUUGUGAUGGGUAAUCUCGAUCUUGUUUACACUAUGCCUGGUAUGAAGGAAUACAUUCACAAUGGCGCGUUCAAGAGAGAUGUACCAUUUCUGGAGGAAGCAGUUGUAAUGAAAGGAGUUACUCACUGGAUCAACCAAGAAAAGCCUGAUGACAUCAACAAACAAAUGUUUGAUUUCUUCUCCAAGUUCCAUUAA